UCCUGAUAAAUCACAACAAAGCUUCCAGAGGGAGAGGAAGGAUGGACGGCACAGCUGCCCCGAUCACUAAAUCUGCAGCUGCCAAGUUAGUUAAGAGAAAUUUCCUUGAGGCUCUCAAGUCAAAUGACUUCGGAAAAUUGAAGGCCAUUUUAAUCCAAAGGGAAAUAGAUGUGGACACAGUUUUUGAAGUUGAAGAUGAGAAUUUGGUUUUGGCAUCUUAUAAACAAGGUUAUUGGUUGCCUAGUUACAAAUUAAAGUCUUCCUGGGCCACGGGCCUGCAUCUUUCUGUCUUGUUUGGUCAUGUGGAAUGUCUUCUGGUGCUACUGGACCACAAUGCUACAAUCAACUGUAGACCUAAUGGGAAAACCCCUCUUCAUGUGGCUUGUGAAAUGGCCAACUUGGAUUGUGUUAAGAUUCUCUGCGACCGUGGAGCAAAGCUCAAUUGCUACUCCUUAAGUGGACACACGGCUUUACACUUCUGUACAACUCCAAGCUCCAUCCUGUGUGCCAAGCAAUUGGUUUGGAGAGGGGCGAACGUGAACAUGAAGACCAACAACCAGGAUGAGGAGACGCCCUUGCACACGGCUGCCCACUUCGGCCUCCCGGAGCUGGUGGCCUUCUACGUGGAGCACGGGGCCCUAGUGGACAGUGUGAACGCCCACAUGGAGACCCCCCUGGCCGUCGCAACCUACUGGGCCCUCCGCUUUAAAGAGCAGGAGUACAGCAGGGAGCACCACCUCAUCUGCCGCAUGCUGCUGGACUACGAGGCCGAGGUCAACACCCGCGAUGACGACUUUAAAACUCCGCUCCACAAGGCAGCCUGGAACUGUGACCACGUGCUCAUGCACAUGAUGCUGGAAGCUGGCGCAGAAGCCAAUCUCAUGGAUAUCGGUGGCUGUGCCGCCAUCCAGUAUGUGCUGAAGGUCACCUCCGUGCGACCUGCUGCCCAGCCUGAGAUCUGCUACCAGCUGCUGCUGAACCAUGGGGCGGCUCGAAUAUACCCUCCACAAUUCCAUAAGGUGAUACAGGCUUGCCAUUCUUAUCCCAAAGCAAUCGAAGUUGUCGUCAAUGCCUAUGAACAUAUCAGGUGGAACGUAAAGUGGAAAAGAGCUAUCCCUGAUGAUGACUUGGAGAGAUACUGGGAUUUUUACCACUCCCUCUUCACUGUGUGCAGUAACUCUCCAAGGACUCUCGUGCAUUUAUCAAGAUGUGCCAUUCGAAGAACGUUACACAGCAGGUGUCACAGAGUAAUUCCUUCGCUUUCCCUCCCAUUGUCCCUGAAAAAGUACUUGCUUUUAGAGCCAGAGGGAAUCAUUUAUUAAGCCUUAUGAGACAGAAGAUCCCAAUCCUAGAUGUUUAAGUGGACUCGCUGAGUAGACACAGUUUGCAUAAAUAAAAUGGUACUUGGGUUGAUCAUAACACUUCAGGGAUUUAAAAACACUUCACAAACACUAUGUCAUUAAUCCUAGAGUAUCACGGUGAGGGGAAAUAAACAAGAGGUAAAGUUGAGGUAGUCUCAAAAACAAGAGCGUAUCCAGAAGGUCCUGACAUAACAAUAAUAAUUAGUAUGUAUAGUGCUCUUACUUGGUGCCUGCUAUAAUUUUGUAAGAUUUUUCAUAUGUUAUCUCAUUUGAAAUGGGACCCAGGUUUUCUUACAACCAAUUUCAUUCUCUCCCUUAUCAAUAAUACGUUUACGUUACCGUUCAGUUGGCAAAAUGCUAGGCUUUAGGAUGGGCCUCUUAAUCUUGGUGUCCUCCACCCACGCCCACUUAGCAGAAGUUACUAUGGCUAGUUCUGCAAACUCCUUUCCAUAUACUAAGCUCCUCAACUUACUUUUAGGGAAGAAAGCACGAGCAUAGUCAAAACAAAGAAAUCUUUGAGUCAAAUUAGAAAUGAAAAACAAAGAUCAGUCCACUUGAAAGUCAAAAUGGACAUUUUAACACACUCUCAUUGAACCAAAGACUGGAGAUGCAAAGAUGAGUCCGAAGGGAGGACUCCUGCCCUCCAGGAUCUCACCAUUUAGCAGAGGAUCCGGACAUAUAAGCAGGGAACUGCAGUGUCAAAUGUCAGGGGCAAGAGUAGAGGUGCAGAUUCAUUCUUAGUGCUUGCCUUUCAAAGUCAUGUUUCUGACGUGAAGUGUGGUUUUCUUUGAAGCAUGAUGAUAAAGAGAGAAGGGAUUGUGUGUAGUAGAGAGAUCUCCGGCUGCUAUGAGUGUAAAUGUAAAUGGAUUCACUUUAAGUUUCCAGGCACAUGUACUUAUUUUUAUUUUAGAAUGAUUUCGUGCAUAGUGCUUUCCCAGACUCCCUGGGGAAAAUACUGCACACUCAGUGGCUCCCAUGUGUGUGUGACAAGUUUAGGAAAAUGUGUGCAAGGAAACGUGCAAAGGGAAAGACUUAGGUUGAUUACUUUGGUCUUUUUAUGUAACAGACUGACAUUUCAGAGCAUUUUAGCUAGAAGAUAAGGAGCACUUUGCUGGCGAUGGCCAGCUGUGGAAAGCACAUGGAAAGACUUUUUGAAAAUGGUAAAAGUUUGAGAAACUUGGAAAGACUAGUGUGUUAAUCAGGUUUGUUAGCAGUUUGCAGAAAGAGAAACGUAGAUGAUUAACCUCUGGACCUCAUGGUCUAUGAGGCCAACUUCGCUUCACUUUUUGUUCUUGCUAAUCACUUUUAGAUAAGCUCAUUGACUCUUAGCAUUGCCUUUUAGAGGUUACAGCAGAAGUAAUUAAGCACAAACAAAUCUAUUUGCCAGUUAUGAGCAGGGUUUUGUUGUUGUUGUUGUUGUUUUGUGGUGUGUGUGUGGUUCUCCAUCUUGUUUAACCUUAGAUGCUUGAGUUUGGAGUAGACAUGAUGUCAAAUAUUCCACUAGCCUGACACCUAGACUCUGCCUCGCAUACUGGGAUUUGCAUAUUCCUGGUGCCGUGUAGGAAAAAUCAUAAGUGGAUACAAUAAUCUUUCUGAAGUAUCAGUUCUACUCAGAUAUUUUGGGAGAAAUAUUUUGUACUAAAAUAAGAUCUGUAUUAUGGAAUAGAAUACUAUAUUUGUAUGAACUAUUCAUAGAAAAUAUGAUCCUUCAAAAAACAGUUUGCUUGCAGCAAGUUGUGUUAGAACACAUUCUAGAAUGCCAGGCAGAGGUGCUGCCCUCCAGCUUCAGGAAUAUUCUGGCAGAAAUAUUUGUGAUGCUGUGACUUAGGCAAUAAAGUUGAUGCUGAGGACAAAGCAAGAGGAUGUUCCUUGCAUGGGGAAGUAACGUCUCUCAGUUGGCCUGCUGUGCUUAAACAUUCUGUGUUAAUCUAGCAUAUGCUACAGGACUACUUGCUUUGAAUGGUUUAUUUGUGGAUUUAAAGUUAUUUCUCCUCAUCUUUGAACUUUCAUUUAGAGGACUUAAAUAAAGCUCUUCUCUUUCCUUUCA